AUGGCUUACCUUAUCUCUCGUCUCAGGGCGGCGGAAAAAUAUCAGCAGGCCGAAGAAAUGAGCCCUCACGAUGCUGUAUUUCCCUCCGACCUAACUGUUAAAAAACCGAACGGCGGUAUUAAUCUGCACCAACGCCUGUCCACACGAAUAGCAAAACAUCUUAUCUACGGCACUCGUGGUGGUGCCAUUUCAUCUGAGUUGAUCUCUAAAAAUACCUUUACUAUCGAGACGCCGGAAUCGUCGCCCAAAGAGUGGAAGAAUUGGCGGUGUAUGGAGAAUGAGAAGCCCGACGCUUCAGCUGCCGCCCAAUUGAGGCUUGUUGAACUGCCGAAGUCAAAGUGUGACCCUCACCCGGGCCUCGAGUAUUUCAAGAAGCAUUUUCGAGUACAUCUAACUCUUCUUGACAUCCAUCCAACAACUCUGGCUCGGGAUCUGGUUCUUUUCAUGCUCAUGGAUGAUUUGAUCGCCAAUUGUAAUUCUGAAGACGAGGCCGAAAUCAGAGCCACCAUAUUCUACACUUAUUUGGGUGUCCUCAUGCCCUCGUUUCAAGAGGUUGUCAAGAGACUAAUCAACGGGUUCCAAGCAACUCCCCUCAGAGUUCCUGCUUGCAUACACGUUGACCCCAGAGCAACACCAAAAAUUGUACGCUCCUUGACGUACUGGCGAGACGGACUGUCCCGUAAGACCGUCGACGGCGUGCUGGCCCGCCACGUCUUUAGCUCGCGCGCACAAAAAUUUGAGCCGAACCCGGAUCUCCCUCCCGAGGUCGUGGAUAAAUUCUACGCUCGAGAUCUACGCGAACUGAAACGUGAGCGGGCGAUCCAUAUCGGGGAUGUAAUGACGGAUGACGAGGUCAUCCAAUUGGUUGGAAGAACCUUCGCGCAGCCGGCUAUGUGCAAAGGCCUUGAAGCAGGGACUGGAUGGGUAUUACUCGAUGCGCACAGGGAGGAGAAGUGGUAUAACAAAAUGUCUAAGCGAGACAGUGGUUUGGAGAGGAUUUGGAAAACGAUCAAGGACAAUUCUUCGACGAACAGCGGUGAUGCAGAUCUCAUUAAAAAGGUCAAGACGGACAUCAGCUUAUCUUGGAAGUCCAGUCCAUCGCUUUUCGACCGCGAUAUCGUCGAGGAAGGCACAGACUAUCCCAAGAUGGAUGGAAAUCCCUUCGAACCAAUUCGCCAUCUCGAGAAGAUCAAUGCCAACAUGGACAGCUCGAGACCUAUCGACUUCUCGAAGGCUUUUACUCGUAUGUGGCUGAGCAAUGUUCCAGACUACACCCACGGCCCGAUAAACAUGGCGCUCUACGUUGUGCCAAACGUUGAAAUCUCCCCACAGGCGACGGUCGCGGCCAAUUGCUUGCUCAACACUGAACUAUGGCCUGAUGAUGAUAGGUAUUAUCACACCUAUACAUUUCUCGCUAUCAAGGAGCUCCCAAAAUUCCUUGGAUGCCGUGUCAUCUCGAUAUCGCCUUACACGACAGUAGUCCUUGUUUCUAGCACAUUCCCAAUACCACUUAAAGAGCUCGCCUCCCGAAAUGAACUCACCAUCUGGCUUACUCGCAUCCGCCUCUGUACUAUCCGACCCUGGUAUUCAAGGCCAACACCAUGCCUCGUUCACUACCCCGACAACCUCGUGGUGUUUGUCGACCUCCUGAUACACCUCGACAAAGUAGGUUUCCUGGCUCACUGGUUGACAGAAUUCCUUGGACGUGUCCUGUUGAAUGACCUGGUGACCGACAUCAUACCGUCCUUGGGGGUUUUCCCCAUUCUCCUAGAGGAACGAACGCAGCGACAGGUGGAUACAAGGUGUUGCCGUUGA